GUUGGAGGAUUUGGGGAAGAGUCCAAGAGUCUGGGAGCUUUGAAAAGCGGAGUGGUGAGACGUUGGUAGUCCGUCGCGGCUGUGCGAGAAACUAGCGGGUUUGAUAGACACAGCCCGAGAGGUGGGUGGUGUGUGUAUGUGUGUGAGAGUGAGGGUUAGAGUGAGAGUGAGAUGAGUUAAUGAGGUGCUUGGUGGAAGCGCCGCCGGUCGUACUCGUGUGUGUUGUGGAGUGAGCUGUAGUAUGGAUGGGAAUGAUAAGAGAUGGCGAGAUGAUGGGCUCUCUCUGUCUCUCGGCUUGGUCGGGGGAAAAUGGAGUGAGCACUGAGAAGGAGACCAGAAAGAAUCAAACUUCAGAGUUCAGCUUGAGAUGUCAGGGGCUCCUCUCCGUGUUGGUUUCGCGUCUCAAAUACGCAGCUGUGCCGUCGAUCUCCAAUGUUGGAAUCCCUUAUUUGGAGGGGUCCAAGGGGGCGCGUUUGGUCGGCAGGGGUGGCAGGGGGAAUGGAGGGGUGAAGUGUGGUGUUUCGCGCUUCAGGUUUUGUGUUGGAAAAGUAAUAAAGAGAGACCGAUGGCAGACUCAAAGUGAGAGAGAAAGCGAGACGGGGAAAAGUGUAAUGAGGAACGGGCAGCAGGAACGCAACACAAUCUUGUCUGUUCCCCAGAAGGAAGCAACUGAUCCAGAAACGGUCCGUAACAAUGGAGCGGCAAGAGCGCAAGAAAGCGACUAGUGACUGCGAAUUCCUGAACCUCUGCUGAAUGAAUACAAUCUGAGAAGGUUUGAGCUGAGCUGGGGGCCAGGGUUGGUCGCGCGGGAGUGUCGUGUUGUGGUUAUGACUUUUUUUGGUGGGUAGAGAGGAUGGACGAGAGCUGAUGGUGGCGUGCCGAAUCGAGGGGCAAUGGCGCAGAGACUUUGGUCCCAAAGUUACCCAAAUGGCAGAUGGCGGCCGUGCUGUGAAUUAUUGGAUUAAUGCUGAGAUUACUUUGGGCUCUCGUCCGAACCGACUGAAGCUUUGCGCGUGCCGAACAGUUGGAUCUCUGGUCCACGGAUGAAGUUGGGAGAGAAAAAUUAUCAAGUAAGGUAGAGAUGAGUGUGGUUGAGAGCUGGCUGCACUGCAA